UUUCAUUCCACAGUCUCCAUUUCCAAGGCCAGUGUGACAAAUGGCCUUUGGAAAGUCCAAUCAUGGGGGCUGGAUUGUAGCUCAGUGGCACAGCACCUUCCUGGCAAACUUGAGAUCCUGAGUUUGAUUACUAAAACACCCCCACCCCCAAAGAAAGUGAGUCAUACCCAACUGUGGUCCAGGAACAUCAGUAUUCAUCAAUCUUGGGUUUUCAGGGUGAUGGUCCCUUAGUUGGUGACAGUACCUUCUCUAGGAAUGUAGCUUUCCCUGCCUAAGGUCUUCCUACCCAACUCCAGGACUAAAUGUGCCUCGUGGCUUACUCCCUGCACUCCAGCCCUGGCUGGGCUGUUCUGAGACCAACUAUUGUCAUCACCUGCUAGAAACGGUGUAACUGGAACUUUGACCUAAGGAGGCAUGGCCAAGAUGGUCCUCAGCACAGCCUUCCCUACCCUAGACAAGUGUCCCCAUGCUUGUGCCAGCUAGAUAGCCUCAGCCAUGACUGAUUCCAAGGGCCUGGAUUUGGGCCCGUGGCCAUUCUGGGUCGGGGCAGGCAGGAUGCUAUCUAUAGUCUGCUCCAUCAUGAAGCCAUUGGAUAUGUGAAACAGCUGGCUGGGUCCAGGGAGGGGUUGCCAUUGUUCCUUUCCAUGCAUCCCCUUAGUUUGCCACCUCCAUGAUUGGAGGGGUCUACUCUUAGCAGCAGGUCCUUUUCUUACCCCUUAUGCAUCCCUGUCUUUGGAGUGACUGCUCCUGGCCCUGUGGCUGCAGGAGUGGCUCAGUGUAGACUGGUUUUAGACCCUGUAGGGGUGGUUAAAAGCAGGGCCUUCCCCACCUUUGCCAGCUGAUUUGGAGCUUGCAUGGCACCUCCUUGAAGCAUGCUGGGGGUAGGGAUGGGUGUCUUUAGAAAGCAUACUGAAACUUUCGGAGUGCUCUGAGCCCGGAGCAGAAACAGUGGGCCACGAACACCAGAGGUUCACAGCAGGGUGGCCUGGGAAGACCUCCCAGAGGAGGUGAUAUUCCAGCUGAGCCCUGAGAAGGCUGACAAGGGAGUAUGAAGGGUUUCUCGUAGCGGAAGUUUUAGGUGCAGCAACUUCGUGGGAGGAGCUUCUGCAACGCGGAGUGCGAGAGGUACCCAGCACUGGGACGGUGCGCUGAGUAGUCCUGUGGCUGCCUCGGGUGUGUGUGUGGGGCGCGUGCGCGCAGGGGCGCCGUGUACGCGGGUGCGCGGCUCCGUGACGCUGCCCGAGAGCGGCGCGGGCUGAAGAGAGCGGGCCGGCCGGGGCGGAGCGGAGUCGUCCGCAGAACAGCCCCUCCCGGCCUCGGCCGACCCCGGCCCGCGGCCCGGCUCUAUGGACAGGAGCUCUCUGCUGCAGCUCAUCCAGGAGCAGCAGCUGGACCCUGAGAACACAGGCUUCAUUGGUGCGGACACCUUUGCUGGUCUGGUGCACAGCCAUGAGCUGCCCCUGGACCCAGCCAAGCUGGACAUGCUGGUGGCCCUGGCCCAGAGCAACGAUCGGGGCCAGAUCUGCUACCAGGAGCUGGUGGACCUGAUCAGCAGCAAGCGCUCCAGUAGCUUCAAGCGGGCCAUCGCUAAUGGACAACGGGCACUGCCCCGAGAUGGGCUGCUGGACGAGCCAGGGCUAGGUGUCUACAAGCGGUUUGUGCGCUAUGUGGCCUAUGAGAUCCUGCCCUGUGAGGUGGACCGCCGCUGGUACUUCUACAGGCACCGCAGCUGCCCGCCCCCCGUGUUCAUGGCCUCAGUCACUCUCGCCCAGAUUGUUGUGUUUCUGUGUUACGGGGCCCGUCUCAACAAGUGGGUGCUACAAACCUACCACCCUGAGUACAUGAAGAGCCCCCUUGUGUACCAUCCUGGGCACCGUGCCCGAGCAUGGCGCUUCCUCACCUACAUGUUCAUGCACGUUGGGCUGGAGCAGCUGGGGUUCAAUGCUCUCCUGCAGCUGAUGAUUGGGGUGCCCUUGGAGAUGGUGCAUGGCUUACUCCGCAUCAGCCUGCUCUAUCUGGCAGGCGUGCUGGCAGGCUCCUUGACUGUCUCCAUCACCGACAUGCGUGCCCCAGUAGUGGGGGGCUCUGGAGGGGUCUAUGCCCUGUGCUCAGCACAUUUGGCCAACGUUGUCAUGAACUGGGCUGGGAUGAGAUGUCCCUACAAGCUGCUGAGGAUGGUGCUGGCCCUGGUGUGCAUGAGCUCCGAGGUGGGCCGGGCUGUGUGGCUGCGCUUCUCCCCACCACUGCCUGCCUCAGGCCCACAGCCCAGCUUCAUGGCGCACCUGGCAGGUGCAGUGGUGGGGGUGAGCAUGGGCCUCACCAUCCUGCGCAGCUAUGAGGAGCGCCUGCAGGACCAGUGUGGCUGGUGGGUGGUGCUCCUUGCCUAUGGCACCUUCCUGCUCUUCGCUAUCUUCUGGAACGUCUUCGCCUAUGACCUGCUGGGUGCCCACAUUCCCCCACCACCCUGAUCUGCACUCCAGGGCCAGAGGGGCAUGUGGUGUCCAGUCACCAGGCAGGUCUGCACACCUUCUCUCCAUGAGUGGACUUCUCGGGGCCGCUUCACCUUGCAAUGGCAGGGGCAGGUGGGCCCUGUAGUCCACCAGCUGAGGCCAAGCCUCACUCCAUCCCUGAGUUUCUCCUCCCAGGCCUGGGGGGAGGCCCCCAAAGGUGGUCCCAGAGGAGACCUAAUCCCACCCUCUCCAGCCCCAGGACUUGCAGUCUGAGCCUUU